AUGGUAUUGCCUAGACUAUACGCUGCGCCAUCCUCCCGUGCUGCUUUGCAAGCUGCUAGGAUGGCCUCCAAAUUCAACUCCCCAGUGAGAUUCGCCUCUACUGCUGCUCUAGCCUCUGGUAAAGUUAGUGCUGUCAUUGGUGCUAUCGUCGAUGUCCAAUUCGAAGAGUCCAACUUGCCAGCUAUCCUGAACGCUCUGGAGAUCAAGACCCCACAGGGGAAACUGGUCCUGGAGGUCGCCCAGCACUUGGGUGAAAACACCGUCAGAACCAUUGCCAUGGACGGUACCGAAGGUCUGGUCAGAGGCGAGAAGGUCGUCGACACAGGUGCCCCAAUCUCCGUCCCUGUCGGCAGAGAGACCCUGGGCAGAAUCAUCAACGUUAUCGGUGAACCUAUCGACGAGCGUGGCCCAAUCAACUCAAAGUUGAGAAAGCCUAUCCACGCCGACCCUCCUUCCUUCGCAGAACAGUCCACCGCCGCCGAAGUCCUGGAAACAGGUAUCAAGGUCGUCGACUUGCUAGCCCCUUACGCCAGAGGUGGUAAGAUCGGCCUGUUCGGUGGUGCCGGUGUCGGUAAGACCGUGUUCAUCCAAGAACUGAUCAACAACAUCGCAAAGGCUCACGGUGGUUUCUCCGUGUUCACAGGUGUCGGUGAAAGAACCAGAGAAGGUAACGAUUUGUACAGAGAAAUGAAGGAAACCGGUGUCAUCAACUUGGAAGGUGACUCUAAGGUCGCCUUGGUCUUCGGCCAAAUGAACGAACCACCAGGAGCCAGAGCCAGAGUCGCCUUGACCGGUUUGACCAUCGCAGAAUACUUCAGAGAUGAAGAAGGUCAAGAUGUCCUGCUGUUCGUCGACAACAUUUUCAGAUUCACCCAAGCCGGUUCAGAAGUCUCCGCUUUGCUAGGUCGUAUCCCAUCCGCCGUCGGUUAUCAACCAACCUUGGCCACCGAUAUGGGUCUGUUGCAAGAAAGAAUUACCACCACAAAGAAGGGUUCCGUCACUUCCGUCCAAGCCGUCUACGUGCCUGCAGAUGAUUUAACAGAUCCUGCCCCUGCCACUACUUUCGCGCACUUGGACGCCACCACCGUCUUGUCCAGAAGUAUCUCAGAAUUGGGUAUCUACCCAGCUGUCGACCCAUUGGACUCCAAGUCUAGAUUGCUAGACGCUGCCGUUGUCGGUGAAGAGCAUUACAACGUCGCCACAAAGGUCCAAGAAACUUUACAAACUUACAAGUCUCUGCAAGAUAUCAUCGCCAUUUUGGGUAUGGAUGAAUUGUCCGAACAAGAUAAGCUAACCGUCGAAAGAGCAAGAAAGAUCCAAAGAUUCUUGUCCCAACCAUUCGCUGUCGCUGAAGUUUUCACCGGUAUCGAAGGUAAGCUGGUCAGAUUGAAGGACACCAUCUCCUCUUUCAAGGCUGUCUUGGAAGGUAAGUACGAUGAUCUUCCAGAAAAUGCAUUCUAUAUGGUCGGUGGUAUUGAAGAUGUCGUUGCUAAGGCUGAAAAGUUGGCUGCUGAAGCUUCAUAA